CUUGAACCGCAGAGCUGUUCAUCCUCAAGAAUUUUUCUGAUCGUAGGCAGCCGCACGACACCCUAUGCCAGUGACAGCUCGCAGCGACAAAGGCUCUGUGUCGCGGCGCCGGCACAAAGGGCACGCCUCGAAUGCGAGUAGCGCAGGUGCCGGAGAAACCCGCAAGAAUCCUGCACGUUUGCCGAAGACUCCGAAGAGGGAGCGGGCUCGAGUAGCGCAGGCCAAUGGCCCUUCCAACGUCGACGUCACUCAUGCCCAAGCGAGUGCCCUCCUCAGUCUCCCGUUGGACGUCAUAUUCGAGAUACUCUCCUUCCUGAAACCGUUAGAGUUGGCGAAUCUUGCACAGACUAGCCGGGCAUUUCGCACGACGCUCACAACUCCUCGAUCACCCAAGAUUUGGAGGUCGGCGAGGCAGCACGCUGGGAACGCCCCUGAAUGCCCGCAGCGCAUGUCAGAAAUUUCUUGGGCACGAUUCCUCUACGGCUCUGUAGAAUGCGAGGAGUGCGGCGUACCGAAUCUACGCAAUUUGGACUUCGUCCUUAUGCGGCCAAUGUGCGACCAAUGCAAGCCGGACACGCUUUUAUGUGGAUGCUGCCUAUCCGACUAUUUUCCGGGCGUCGAUUGCGCAGUCCUGGAUCUCAUCCCUCACGUACACGUCGAGUCGCAUCCCUGGGCGAAAUAUUAUCUUGAUGCUGACAUCGUUGCGAUGGCGACAAUAUACGGCGAGUUACAGAGGGAUAUCGAGGUUAACACGCGAAAAGCUGCGGCAAAGAAAGCGCUCCAUCAAUUCAAGAAUGAGCGCAUCAAGCACGUACAUGCUGUUCUCGAGCAUGCGAACAAGUGUACCCAGUGGCUGCGCGAAUUCCAGGUCUAUCUUGACAACGAAAAACAGGAUCGUAUCGAGCAAUAUUACAAUCAAAUCGUGAGACGUUUCCGGGAGCUGGGAUAUGAAGAACAGGACAUUCAAGCUAUACGGUCCAAAUCAGAAGCUAUGUGCGAUCGCGCUGUGACUGAGCAAGUCUGGAAGCAAAUCAGGCCUGUGCUUCAAACGCGCGUUGAGAUGGCGCGGUGUAAACGAUUGGACAAAGACGAGGAAGCUAUCAUAACUUCUCGGAAGGCCUUGGUUCGAAACGCCUACGACGCAUACAAGCUGACACUGCGGCCUCUCGAGCGUCUGCACACGCCAGUGCCCGAGCUUAUCUACGCCAUUCCAGCGUUUCGGGCGCUCAUCUACAUGAAUCUGGACGCUCUGCUCAAGCAGACCGCUUGCAACGAAGCUGCGCAGCGGCUGCCCGAGUACCUCUCUGCCUUCAACGAUCAGCUGAAGUGUUGUCUGUUGCAGUCAAUGCUUGAUAAUGGAGCAUUCGAUCGCGGAGCUCGGAGGGCGAAACAGCUACCAAAGAAUGCCGAUGCCCGUCUCUCACUGGCGACCACUGUGUUCAAGCAAGUGAUCCCACGGAAACUAGAUCGCACCUUCUUUUCCUACAACGGCGUGGUUCUUGGAAUGAAGAUGCUUGACAUCUGGAAACUCAGUUGCCAGGCGGACUUCUGGGUUGCAAUGUACGAGACACAGGGGCGGGAGAUGGAACAGCCUACCCUCAGUUAUGAUGCACACGCUUCCGCAGCGGCAAAAACGUUCGUUGUACAGCUUGGCCUCGAUCAUGCAAUCACGCGGUCCGACGAUAUGGAUGACCUGAAUGGACGUUUCGUCUGUCAGCAUUGCAAACAUAGAGAAUUUUUAGGGAUACUCCGGGACAAAGCGUAUUCUUGGCGAGCUGCCGUGGAGCACCAUAUUAUCGCCCACACACGGAGCAAUCUACCCAUGUUCUUCAAGGCUCUGAACGAAGACGAGGUCAAAAUUGUACGCCGCAUAGAAGAUGGGCUCAGGCUCCAGGUGUGGAUGUGCAAUCAUUGCCCCUCCUACAACGUGCCAGCAACAUUUUACGAUGUCCAAGAGCACCUGACGACAACCCACGCUAUUUCAAAGCCCGAGGAGAACAGUGAUUAUUUUCACGCAUUCCCGGCUUUCCGAUAUGACCCGCCGCCCCAAUCUUUCUCGCGGUGCCUCCAGCUUGCAGCAGCCGUUGACCCAGCUGAGGACGGAUGAUUGUGCCGUCACUGUGAUCAGCUCUAUUGUGCUGAAGUUGUACAUGUGUGCCGUAUCGAGUGAUCAUGCCUCAUGUUCCGCCUCACAACUCUAAUGGUGCCGCUACGCACUGUGUAGCAUAAGUCACGAAACAUAUACACUUCAAACAUCAUGUAACUUAGUAUCAUAUCAGAUGUACUGUCAUGCCUACGGGCGAUCUGUGGUCUGUUUACCACAGUCGAUAUGUGACGAUCAGCUUGCAUGUCGUCACUGAAAAUAGAGCUCCCAGGUACAUACAUGCCAGUGAUGACUGCACUGACAGUACGUAGACCUAUUGGCCUGGUCGACCACUCGAGUACAUCGGAG